AUGGAAUUGUCAGGCCUGGUAGAAAGACCGUCUUACACGAAAAGACGAACAUUCUUAGCCUGCAAACAGUGUCGAGCACGCCGAACAAGAUGUAAUGGCCAGCGGCCAAAAUGUUUGGGUUGUCAGAACCAGAACGCAGAAUGCGUGUAUCCCCAAGCUCCUGACCCUCAACCUUCACCAUUAGAGCAAGAGCUUUCCAGCAUUAAACAACGAUUGGAUUACAUAGCCUCUACAAUCACUCAUGCCUUUCAUCCCUCCCCUAUCCAGAUGCAGAUGCAGAAUGUAGGAGGCCCUAUACCCUUCUUCCCAUUCUUAGCUGUAAAAUCGCCUUUGCUCAUGAGAUUUCUUGGUCUGGACCCCGGCUUAUCCGAAAUCUUGUACCGCCUGGAAAACCCCUCCUCCGGCUGCAUUUCAGGAAUUACCAGAGCUCCACGGGCCUCUAGCAUUCCGUACGAGAGGGCUAUUACGGCACUCCACGCUUUCUCCGAACACGUACAUAGGUGGUAUCCUAUCCUACAUCCUAAUUUCACAAGUGAAUUCUUUGACGCAAAUACAAAUUCUUUCCCUCCCUCAAACAAAUCCUGUCAAUCUUUACUGGUCGCAGCAAUAGGUUUCCUGGUGGCGGGCCAGACCAUGGGGUCCGCCUCUUCCCUACAGACUGCGUCAUGUUAUUUUGAUGCCGCUCAAUCUAUGCUUUACUUUUCACUAUUAGAAGACGACUGGAGAAGCACACAAUGCCUCGUUCUUGUUAGUCUUUAUUUUUCCUGUCUCUUGCGGCCACGUCAAGCACACGACUUUGCAAUUCUCGCUACUUCCAAGGUUCAGAAGCUCCUCAAAAUUGAAAUUUCUACCCAGAUUGACCUAGGAGUAGAUACCUCUCGCAUACACCACCGAGAUUAUAUGAUCCCUUUUCCAGAAAGAGAUACUGAUGUUUGGAAUUUCACCUCUCAAUUCAAGUGUGAUUCCCCAAGGUCACUAAUGAGUGGAACAUUUGAAAACGAGGCUGGCGAAGACCGAGUCUCUUACCUCCUGAAAGCAGUCGAACUCGAACUAAUAUCCCAACGGUAUUCUGAAAGAAUGUCCACAAAUGGACUAAACGGCCAUCACCACCAAACUACACCUAUCACCGCAGACGAGCAGGCAUUUCUGCUAGAAGAGUGGUUCGAGUCUAUUCCACAAACAUUACGCUUCAGUGAAGCAGUCGUAGCCAGAUCGUCCCCAACAACCGUUCCCGCUUCCCGCUCACCUCUAGUCGAUUUCCUUCGUCUAAAGUACUAUGAAUUACAGGUAUCGAUUUACUGGCAAUACGUAUACCGUGUCGUGGAAAACGGAGUUGUUGCCGAUGCGGACGUCCUCGUGCACUCUAGGCUAUUUUUUGAUUCAGUGAUGAACUUUUUGUCGCUUGCCACUGUGAUUGCACCCCGUUGCGGGCCAAAACUCUGGUCAUUAUACACGAGUGUUUUCAUUAUAUGCCUAGCCACCCUGAAGGUUCAAAGCAUAGAAUGCUUUAAGGUUAUAGCACAACCUAAGGUGUUUGAACGCAUCCAACAUGCAGUGCAGAGCAUAAGGCGACCAAACGAAUGUGGUCGAUCGCUAGGCUUUAUGUGGUGUGUCCUUGAAGAGCAGCUACGUAACUUGAAAGCUAUGUAG